AUGGCGGCAGUAGCGGCAGUAAUCACCACAUCAUUCGUACGUUCUCCUCCACCUUCACCAUCAUCGCAACCACAAUUGUCGCCAUCUACUACCGUACAAAAUGCUGCCACCAUAACCGCAACUGCUACCACAACUAUAAACUUUGGACCUGCUACUAGCGAUCAAAAAAAGAAUAUUGUUAAUGAUGUCUUGUUGUCGGAAUGUAUUAUGAAUACUGAUGAUAACGAUAAUGAUCAUAGUAAUAAUUUGCAAUCUGAUAGCGAUUCUGCAUCGGAAGUUGAUAGUUCAAAUUCGGUUCCUAUAACUCCAAUUGAUAUUUGUAAAAGCGAUGACCUAAUGUGGAGCAUAAUUUACGACGAGUUGGACAAGGCUGAUAAGAGAUCUGCGCAAGAUUCUUCUUCAUCUUUCACUUCUUCAAUCUUCAAUCCAUCAACAUCUAUU